CAAAAAUAAAAAACUAAAUUAGUGAAAAGCGACAAUUAUUUUUUAAAGAAUUUUACGUAAAAAAAUCCGACAAAUUAAUAGCGUUUAAAUAAAAUGCAAUAUUUUCUAAGCUGAGGAAAUUUUUAAGUGAGCGUCGAUAAUAUUCCAUUUGAUUUCGAGAAACGAGCGACUAGCAAACAAUAAACGAAACGCCUGAAAGUAGACAUUAAAGCUGCCAAAGAUGUUCUCCAUGUGUUCGAAAGUGAAGCCACGAAACUCAACAGUGAAUACACAACAACCAACGGGCACAGUUGGGAAACAGAUCAAAGGAGGAUACUUGUUGCGUUACAAAAAGCAAUUACUGUGGAAUCGAUGGGCCGAGGAAUGGGUCGUGCUGUAUGAUGAUUCAACAAUGGCUUGGUUUACGGAACCCGGCCGGUCAUCGCCAGCUGGUAAAAUCCUAGUCAAGGAAGCGCCCGAAAUGUUGGCCAUUGCACACUGGACUGGUCAAAUACCGCGCCGUCCACCACUGCCCGAAGGCUGCAGUGUGUCACAGCUCAUUGCGUUGGGCUCGAGAAGAAAGCGAUCCAAAGUCUACUGGAUGUUGGCUAAAUCAGAACAGGAAGUGAGCGACUGGGUUGACGCCAUUACUAAGACGCUGCCGCCACCACCACAAAUUGAGCUCGUAGUUGACAAGCCGCAUCUUAUGAAUGUCUUACGUCGGCCACUGGUGCGCAUUCGGCCGGCCACUACGUCGGAGGUGAAACAGCGUAAAGUUUCGGCGCAUAGAAGCAGCAGCGCUCAUCCGGCUUUGGCCCACCACCGCACGUUCUACGUACAGGAUCCGUUGGUGAAGAGCGAUGCCGCCGUUGCCAUAUUGAGUAAAAAACCCGAUUCAAAGCCGGCCUUGGCCUGCGCAUUGCCCUGGGGACACGGUUGGGGCUGGGCCACUUUGCCGAAUGGUGUGUGGAGUGGCGGUCUCACUUGGUCGCAGUGUGAGGACACUUUUACCCUACACGCACUGCCCACCACGCACUGCACCAAUCUUGUGGACACGUCAUGUAGUGGCGCCGUCUAUCACACCGAUAUCGGCGGCUUCGAUUUCCAUUCGACCGGCGUGGAAGAUCUCGGCGGUGAGGACUUCGACUAUGCCAUGGAUUGUGGGGAUUUUAUAUUUUAAGCGUAAACACUGCUAUGCAAAAGAGAAUGUGGACCCAUAAAAAGCAAUGGAACAGGAAGAGGAUGAGCUACAUUAAAGAGGCAGAAAAGAAAAGGAAGAAGAAUUUCAAAAAAAAAAAAAAUAACAACAAAAACAUUUUAACUGAAAAAAUAUAACCACCCCACCCUAGAAACGAGUGCAAAGGCACUUGAACGCUUAUAAGUUAAAUAACAAAAACAAAAACAAAUAAA